AUGUGGGCUCUUAAUCUCUACAAGAGGCCUAAAAUCAAUGGCGCUAUGCUUGCAGCUAUAUUUCCACUUGCUAUUGUGCAUACUUUGGGGAACCUUUUCACCAAUAUGAGUCUUGGAAAGGUGGCUGUGUCUUUUACUCACACUAUUAAAGCUAUGGAGCCUUUCUUUUCUGUUAUCCUUUCUGCCAUGUUUCUUGGAGAGAGGCCUACACCAUGGGUGAUUGGUUCCCUUGUGCCUAUUGUUGGUGGAGUUGCUCUGGCUUCUGUUACUGAGGCCUCUUUCAAUUGGGCUGGGUUUUGGAGUGCAAUGGCUUCCAAUGUGACAAACCAAUCACGUAAUGUUCUUAGCAAAAAGGUCAUGGUUAAACAAGAGGAAUCCUUAGACAACAUAACUCUCUUCUCUAUAAUAACAAUAAUGUCCUUCUUCUUGUUAGCACCUGCAACUAUCUUUAUGGAGAGUGUCAAAUUCACCCCUGCUUAUCUACAAUUUGCUGGAUUAAAUGUUAGACAAGUGUAUACCAGAUCUCUUCUUGCUGCACUCUGUUUCCAUGCAUAUCAACAAGUUUCUUACAUGAUAUUGCAGAGGGUAUCACCUGUUACUCAUUCCGUCGGCAAUUGUGUGAAGCGUGUUGUGGUUAUUGUGAGCUCUGUGAUCAUCUUCAAAACACCUGUCUCUCCUGUGAAUGCUUUAGGUACUGCUGUUGGUCUUGCUGGUGUUUUCCUUUACUCAAGGGUGAAGCAAAUUAAGUCAAAGCCAAAGGCAGUUUAA